AUGGAAGGAAGCGAGCCCUCAUCGGAGCGCGGUGGCCGUGAGGCGCGGGUCGCUGGAUGUGAGAUGUUGGGCCCGACCGAGUUCGGAGGGAGCGAGAGAUCCCCCCCAGCGGUGGGCAACACGGAGGCGGAGCGGGAGAGGGGAAGCUUCAGGUGGAAAAGGGAGAAGGGAGCCGUGAGCGAUAGGAGGAGGAAGGCAGGGAAAGAGAAGGCACGACGGAGGCGAGAGGAGGCGAAAGGAAAGGAGCGGAGCGGAGACAACCCGGCGAGCCGACGCAGAGGAAGGGAGGAGCAAGGAGGAGCAGGAGGCAGAGCCGCCAGGCCCCUAAGAAGAAGUGUGCGUGGCCGACGAGACGAGGCGAAAGCAGAGGGUCAGCCAGAGGAAACGAACAGCGGGAGCCACGAGAGCAAGCCGGGAGGGAGAAGCCCCCCCCGCAGUGGGUCACGGGAGCGCCCGAUCCCGGAGGAAGGCAGAAAACGGAGGGAGUGCGCAGAGAGGGCUGAAAAGAGGGGCGCAGACCAGCACGGAAGAGAGAGUGCUGGAGCGCAAGCGGGCGCCGAGGAGAACAAGCGCCGACCCCCCGUAGCCGAAAGCGAUAGGGCGAGAACGGCGCGCCGCGAAGCGCCCGGUGACGCAUGCCAGUCGAGACAGACUACAAAGAAGGGAGAGGCGGUCCGCGAUGGGACCAGCCCAGGUCAGGAGCCCACUCAAGCGGGGAAGGAGCGGAACCGCAGGCCCCAAACCACGAGAGCAGGGGAGUUCGCAGCAUUCAGUGAAAGCCCCAUCCGUGACCACCACAAGGGAGUCGACUCCAGGCAAGAGCGGUAG